AUGGCUGAAAUGACCAGCCAAUAUACAGUAGCCAGCCGCCGUGGUCAGCUGUAUCUUCGAGCCCUUUCUUUUCUUUUACCUUUUGGCCGUGGCGUCCAGCAACCAUCGAGGAAGAUGAAGUUGAAUAUUGCAUUUCCGGCAACUGGUUGUCAAAAACUGAUAGAUAUCGAAGAUGAACACAAGUAUCGCGAAUUUUACGAAAAACGCAUAAGCGCUGAAGUUUCUGCAGAAUGCUUAGGCGAAGAAUGGAAGGGAUAUAUCCUUCGCAUCACUGGUGGAAACGACAAGCAAGGCUUUCCCAUGAAACAAGGUGUUUUAACCAAUGGUCGUGUGCGCUUACUACUAUCUAAAGGCCAUUCAUGCUAUCGUCCACGCCGUACUGGUGAACGUAAACGUAAAUCCGUUCGUGGUUGUAUUGUGGAUUCUAAUCUUAGCGUACUCAACAUGGUCGUUAUUAAGAAAGGCGAUAAUGAGAUUCCAGGAUUAACCGACAGAACUUUACCAAGACGUCUUGGCCCUAAACGUUGCAACAAGAUUCGUAAAUUGUUCAACUUGAAUAAACAAGACGACGUACGUCGCUAUGUUAUUCGUAGAGAAUUACCAGACAAAGAAGGCAAAAAACGUACUGCCAAAGCACCUAAAAUUCAACGAUUAGUAACGCCUGUACGCUUGCAACGUAAGCGUAAAUCGAUGGCUCUCAAGAGGCAACGUUCACAGAAAAAUAAGGAAGAAGCUGCCGAAUAUCAGAAACUAUUGGCUAAGCGUCUUAAAGAGAAACGUGCCGAACAUUUGAGCCGAAAAAGGCGUGCUUCAUCAUCCAGAAACAGCGCUAGCAAAGCCUAAAUGUAUUCAAUGUACAAUUGUCUUUUAACGAAGAAAUAUAUGUGUAAUAAAGUCAUCAUUUC